AUGGCAGAAGUCGCAGGGCUUGUUCUGGGCGGUAUACCACUCGCAAUUUGGGCGCUUGAGAAAUAUAUGGAGCCCUUAGAAGCUUUUCACAAGUACCGCACAUCAAUCGAGACCUUCCGCACCGACCUGAUUUUGCAAAACCGCCAAUUACAGACGACCUUUUGCAAUAUUGGAUUGGGCAGUGAGCCAACGAGUGAGGAGCUGCGCGAAUGCUUCGACGCUAAGUUCUCGAGUAUCUCUCACGAACUGAUGUUUAUUGUUCAGCGUAUGGACGAUGUUACUGCCGGACUUAUGAAGAACCUAGAUAUCGACGUCAAUGGAAAGCCGAAUACUCUGCCAGACAGAGCCCAAUGGGAAUGGCGUCGAGUGAAACACGCCUUCAGCACAAAAGAGCGCAAUAAAGUGAUCGAAGACCUCAGGCGUUGGAACGAAGACUUUAGGAGGUCUCUUGAAAAACCUGAAGUGCCCGCAGAAGACGACAGUGGGAUAGUUCGAGAUCUCAAACGCCGCUUCAAUAUUCAGCGUUCGAACUCAAUCCGUGAGUGCUUAAGCUCUCUUCACAGAGCACUCGAGUCUGGAUUUUGUUGUGCCUGUUCGCCGCCUCACCAAGCUGCCGUCGAUCUCGACUGGGCGGCGUAUGAAUCUGAUACAGCCAAACCUCUCAAAGUGGCCGUCUCUUACGGAACAAUCUCACACCUGCCUGGCUCCUGGCGGAAGCUUCAGGUUACUUCAUGCACUCCACGCAAGAUAGUCGGCUCGGUUCCUAGGUUACCAUCGCCGUCACUCCCUCCCGCUAAAGCACUAUCCCCACCCCGAUCCUUCCUCGGCAUCAAGUUUCGCUCACGAUCCCGAACACCUUCACCAAUACCAACUCCGUCGGAUUUGUCCUUGGCAUCGACUGCUGUGUCGACCCCAGAGAGUACCGAGAUAUCCAAUCUUUGUGAGAUAGUGGGCGCAGAACGUAAUCCAUGGACUCUGGCCGGCUUCCUCAAAGACCCAGAUAUGGACCAAGAUCGGCAAUUCUCCUUCGACCACAGCAAAACAGAUUUGUCCAAGAUCAUUAAAGCAGUCCCUCUAAAGUCUCUACUUUCAUCCCAGCAGUCAGAGCAGCAACAAAGCCCCUGUACUUCCCUAUCCGUAAAACAGAGGCUUGGAAUCGCCGCCUCUACUGCCUGGUCAGUCCUACACUUGAGUGGCAGUCCCUGGCUUGGCAACCACUGGGACGAAAAGCAAGCAAUCAUUUUUCUCGAAAGAAUGCAAGGCAAGCGGGAGGUGCUCUCCCGGAACCCGUGUGCCUCGUGUGUAUUCCCAUCGCCAGCAACCCCAGCGGAGCCACCCACGAACGAAUUCAGCCAUCUCAUUCCCAAUAGAACUGUAUUUGCCCUCGGAAUUCUGCUCAUCGAGCUCUGUAUCAACAAAUCCUUUGCAGAGAUUCGACAGACCAAUGGGAGUGCCAUAUCAGCUUCGCUACUCGAUGACUAUCAGACGGCGGUGAGCAAGCUAGAUGAGGUGUACAGGCUUGUGGGAGACUCUUAUGGAGAUGCGACGGCGCGUUGCGCCGGUGCAGGCGACUUACCUUAG